AUGUGGGCCUUCAGAAGGACCUUGCUGCAUGUUUUGAAGACCUACCACCCAGACUACGAACUGGAGGAUCUGCAGUCAUUGGUCUACGUGGUUGUCAAGGGCUAUGUACCAGAGUCGCCGCAGACGACAAUGACGCAGCUGACGAACACCUCCCUCAGGACGAACAACUCCUCCACCUCCAGCCUUCAGAAGAAGGUUCCAGCAGGUCGCCGUACCAGCACGAUGGUUGAUUGCCCGAGCCUGGACUUGAGCGCCUUCCAGCGCUUGAGGCGUCAGGAGUUGGAUGGGGGCGCGGCCAACGCGACCUUCCCCCGGGACCUCUUGAAGCUGCGCACGGCGUUGCGCAGCGAGGAGCUCCAGGUGCUCUUCUCCGACGCGGUGAAGACGAAGGACCCCGAGGAGUUCUAUGUGCCAUCGGGGCGCGUGGCCAAGUGGCUCGAGUUUGUCCCGGCCAUUGUCAUCACUUUGAACUCCUUGAGCUUCGCCUUCCAAGAGGCGGUGCCCGGGGACGCUGCCUGGGAGAUCGUGGAAUCAUGCUUCAUGGCAUUUUACUUUUUGGAGGCCAGCGUGAAGUUGUACCUCAUGGGCUGCCGCGGCUACUUCCGCGGCCCCGAGGGGGCCUGGAACUCCUUCGACUUCUUCUGCCUGCUGACCUCGCUCUUCGACUUUGGCGUCACUCAGGCGGUGUUCCUGAUGGGCGCCAGCAGCUCGGUGGACCUAAGCGUCCUGAUGCUGCUGAAGAUGCUGCGGCUGGCGCGCCUCUUUCGGCUGAUCCGGGCGCUGAGGUACUCCAUCUUCCGAGAGCUGAAUAUGAUGGUCAUGGGUGUCGUUUCCGGCAUCCGUGUCUUGAUUUGGGCGAUCAUUCUCCUCUUUGUCUUCAUCUACAUCGUUGGAGUUGCCCUCAACAAGCUGAUAGGCGAGGACGAGGAGGAGUUUGGCUCGCUGGUCGCGGCCAUGUUCACGCUCUUCCGCUGCUUCACGGACGGCUGCGCGGCCUACGAUGGCACGCCCUUGCAGGAGAGGCUGCGGAAGAAGUACGGCAUGGUCUUCUUCAUGGGCUACAUCUUAGUGUUUAUGCUGGUCACCGUGGGAAUUUUCAAUCUCAUCAUGGCGAUAUUCAUCGAUAACGUCAUGACGAGCCAACUCGAAAGAAAGCAGAGGGAUUUGUCGGAGACGGCGAGUACCACGGAGCUCGCGCUCAAGGAGGUCCUCUGCAGGCUGCUGGUGAAGACCGAUUCGCUGGUGCCCGCCGAGACUGAGGAGUCCAUGCGCACUUUGGACUCGGCCCGCCUGAGCCGACAGGCGCGCGUGCGGGCCAAGUUCGACUGCCUGCUCGAGGCUGAUGUGGCCCGGAGCUCAGAUCUCCGCAGCCAUUUUUGGUUAACGACAGCGCGAGCCAUGACGCACACGCUGAAGGAGAAGGCGCUCUCUCCGGGCUCGCAGAAUACCAAGAGGGAGAGGGCGGCCCAGAUCCGGAAGAGCUUCCAGCGGCCCAAGUUCUGGGUCAUGGGCUUCGGCUGGUGUCUGGCGGCCUGCGCCGGUGCUGCCAACGUCAUCGCCUUAAAGAGCUGGAACUUGUAUGCGUCCCACGUGACGGGCAGCACGUCCGCCAUGGCCUUCCGCUUGGAGGGGUACCACCAGGGGGAGUUCGGUUCGGAGACUUUCCGCGAGGCCUUCUUCCUAGUCUUCUCGUUUCUGGUGGGCGCCUACACGUGCGGCCUGCUCAUUGACAAGAACCAGGUGCACUUUGGAGGGAAGUCCUUCUACGGCCUGGCCCUGCUUAUGAACUCCUGCCUCCUCGUCGAGGCCGCGUUCAUCCCUGGCAGGCUGCUCCCGGCGUGCCUGGUUGCGGGCGCCUGCGGCUUGCAGAACGCCAUGUGCACCUCUCACUUCGGCGCCAUCGUCCGAACCACGCACGUCACAGGCACGGUCACCGACAUCGGGUCCACGCUGGGCCGCAUCAGCAUGAUCUACCUCCGCAAGGGCUGCCGGCGCUCCCGCUUGGACGACAUCGAGCGCGCUGAGGUGGGUGUGGACGCGCGGAAGCUCGCGGUGCUCUUCGGGCUCUGGAGCUUCUACUUUGUGGGCGGGCUGGUGGGGAUCUACAUGGAGAACCUCAUCCCCGGGCCUCCGACGCGUGCGCUGCUGGUGCCGGCCUUCUUCACGGGCAGCCUGGGGCUCUUCUACGUGGCCUUCCGACAGCUGCUCAAGGAAGCGUUGAUGGACUACAUCAAGAGAUUGGAGGAGGCGCGACUCCAAUCGCAUCUGCAGGAAGCCCAAGAGGCCAUCGCCCACAUGGGAACUCAUUUGCAGAGCCUGGAGAAUGGCGACCUGAUGGAGUUGGAUAAGGAGAUGGGCCAGAUGAUGGAGGCCUUGCACGAGGUGUCACAGGAUUUCGACCAGAUCCGAAGCCAGAGCCGAGUCCUGGAUCGCAAGGGCACUUCCUGCAGCAGACUGAGCCAGCCAAGCCAUUUAUCUGCAGACGUCACCGAGAACGCGUCCCAAUCCAGGAGUCAGCACGAUGGAUUUUGCGCCUCCAGGGCGCUUAGGCCGUUUUUCGGGGGUUGCUGA